AUGUCUUGUAUCAUUGAUGCCAAUAUAGUAAUAUCAUCAAAGAGAGAGAGAAAGCUACCAGCCACUCUACUCUAACCUGUCUCACCAACUCACAUCUAGAAGCAACUUUACUAGGCUGAGGCUCACUUCCUUCUCUCUCUCUCUCUCUCUCUUUGGGUCAAAAGCCUAUAAAAAUCACACCCCAACUUCUACCAAGGCCGGCCUUAUUGUUGCAGCAACACAAGAAACAACAGCACAGAAUAUCACCAUACAACACAUCUCUGAAGGAAAGAAAUUGAGCAACUCAACUCAACCCAAAGUGGAAGUGGAAUAGUGGAAUAGUGGAAUAGUGGAAGAUGGGUAGGUCACCUUGCUGUGAGAAAGCUCAUACAAAUAAAGGUGCAUGGACCAAAGAAGAAGAUGAUCGCCUUAUAGCUUAUAUUCGAGCUCAUGGUGAGGGAUGCUGGCGCUCUCUCCCCAAAGCCGCCGGCCUUCUCCGUUGCGGCAAGAGUUGCCGUCUCCGUUGGAUCAACUAUCUCCGACCUGACCUCAAACGAGGCAAUUUCACCGAAGAAGAAGAUGAACUCAUCAUCAAACUCCAUAGUCUCCUUGGUAACAAGUGGUCUCUAAUAGCUGGAAGAUUACCUGGAAGAACAGACAAUGAGAUAAAGAAUUACUGGAAUACUCAUAUAAGAAGGAAGCUUUUGAGCAGAGGAAUUGACCCUGCAAGUCACAGGCCUCUCAACGAGCCUUCUCACAAUCAUGUAUCAGCUGUUGCUGUUGCUGCUGCUGCUGCUGCCACCACAAUAUCUUUUGCUACUAAACAAGAAGAAGACAAUAAUAGGGAGAAUAAUGAAGAUUCCAAAGGACCCACCUUAGAACGUUGUCCUGACUUGAACCUUGAGUUAACAAUUAGUCCUCCACAUCAGCCUCAACCUGAUCAACCAUUCAACAAAAUCAUCAUAGGGAGAAGCCUUUGCUUUGCUUGCAGUUUGGGUUUGCAGAAUAGCAAAGAUUGCAGCUGUGGGAUUGAUGGUAAUAUUGGCAACACGAGUACUGGGAGCACCACUGCUUCUGGUUAUGAUUUCUUGGGCUUGAAACCCAAUGUUCUCGAUUAUAGAAGCUUGGAAAUGAAAUGAAAUUGGAGAGGAAUGAGAGGAUGAAAUUCAUUAAUUUUGGUAACUCUCUUACUUUCUUUUCUUCUGUAAUUUGUAUAACUAAUUAGUUGUUGAUGCAAAUGAUACAGCACCACCAGUACAUUUGAACAUUAUUACGCAAUAUUUUCCUCCGUUUCUUCGUGUACUUCUUCCUCCCC